AAAAGUGCAUUUCAUGUGCACCAAAUUCAUAUUGACUUUCGAUUAGAAAAAAAGAAAAAGGAAAAACCCGCGUAAAAUCCGGAUGUCAUAACUGGACAGGUUUUGCUACAUUUUUUUUUUAAUUGUUCGGAUCGGUUAGGUAAUUCACGCGUAAACGUAACAGCGUACAAUGAUAUGAGCAAUAAAAUCAAAUUCUCCGACAUCUUGUUUUCCUUGCACAGUUAAAAAUUUGCCAAAGAAUAUUGUUGAUCCAAUAAAAAAGAAGAAAGAGGACCCGAUUUCCUGUUCUGCCGUUUGGAAUCUCAAUUGUGGUCUUUGAAUAUUCUCUCUUGUUUUUUUCAGCCAAAAAAAAAAAAAAGAUGCUUCAAGGAACGCUUGAAGUUCUUCUUGUUAGUGCUAAGGGUCUUGAGAACACUGAUUUUCUUAAUAAUAUGGAUCCUUAUGUCAUACUUACUUACCGCACUCAGGAGCAGAAAAGCAGUAUUGCAUCAGGAAAAGGGUCAGAUCCGGAGUGGAAUGAGACCUUUGUAUUUAACGUUUCUGAAGGAGUUUCAGAACUCGGAUUGAGAAUAAUGGACAGUGAUAUUUCGCAGGAUGACUUUGUGGGAGAAAUAACAAUCUCCCUAGAGCCUCUACUCCUGGAAGGAAGCAUCCCAACAACAACAUAUAACGUGGUCAAGGACCAAGAAUAUCGUGGAGAGAUUAGAAUUGGCCUCACUUUUAAGCCUGAGGUAAGCUCUGACAUUGGCUACGGCGUUGAAGAGGAGCGCUUCGGCGGAUGGAAGGAGUCUUCUUCUGCGUAUUGAAUGGAUGGUUUUGAUCAGCCAUCAUGUUGUGAUAUGUACCGAGUUCUUGCAGUGGAAAUAAAUGUGAUCUUUGGUUGACAAGACCUCAUGAUAUGUUUACAUGGAAAAUUGUUCAAAUGAAAAUGUUGAUUUUCUUCGGUUUGGAUGUUUGCCUUCAUUGGUUCAUUUUCU